GGCCGGCGGCGCCCUCGACCCGCCAUGAAGCCGCCGCAGGGCCCUGUGGCCUUUGAGGACGUGGCUGUGCACUUCUCCCGGGAGGAGUGGGGGCUCCUGGACGCCGCGCAGAGACUGCUAUACCGCGACGUGAUGGCGGAGAACCUGGCGCUGCUGUCCUCCCUCGGUUGUGGGCACGGAGCCAGGAAGGAGGAAGCACCUUCUGACGGAGGUGAUUGUGUGGGCGUGUCACAGGGCAGGACACCAGCGCCAGACGUGGCUGCCCACAAGGCCCAGCCCUGCGAGACGUCUGGCCCGCUCUUCAAAGAUACUUUGCCCCUUUCUGAGCAGGAUGGAACACACCCCGAUGCAGCGCGAUCCGUCACCGGGGCGGCGCUGCACCAGCACCGGAAGGGGCGGGUUGGGGCCACGCUUGCCCGCAGUGCCGAGGGCAGGCCGUUGGCGGUGAAGGGCAGCAGAGUGUGCGUGGCGGAGCGCGCCGCCACACGCACUGAAGCUGGGAAGGGCUUUCCCGCCAGCUCGGGCCUUCUGCAGUCCCCGGCUGCUCGCGGGGACACCGUGCCUGGCGAGGCUUUUCAGCUGGGACGGAGCGAUUGUAAGCGCAGCGAGCGUGGGAAAGCCUUCGGCCGGAAACGCGCGUGUGUGGAACAUCAGAAAAUCCGCGGUGGCGUCCGACCUCAUGAGUGCAGCGCGUGUGGGAUGGCCUUCGGUAGAAAGUUCCACCUGGUUCAGCACCAGAAAAUCCACACUGGAGAGAGGCCUUUUAAGUGCAGCGAAUGUGGGAAAUUGUUUGGGUACAAAUCCACACUCGUGAGUCACCAGAGGGUUCAUACCAGACUGAGCCCCUACGAGUGCGGGGACUGUGGGGAGUUAUUUAAGUACAGCGCCAACUUCAGGAAACAUCAGAGACUUCACGGUGGAGAAAGGCCCCUUGAGUGCGGAGAAUGUGGCAAAUUCUUCAGGUACCACUACAGACUGAGAAGACACGAGAGAGUUCACACUGGAGAGAGGCCUUACCAGUGCGAGGAAUGCGGCAAGUUGUUCAGGUACAGCUCCACGUUCAUCAGACACCAGCGCGUGCACUCCGCAGACAGGCCUUACGGGUGCAGCGAGUGUGGGAAAUGCUUUCGCUACAACUCCACUCUCGUGAAACAUCAGCGCGUCCACACUGGAGAGAGACCUUAUGAGUGCAGGGAGUGUGGGAAGCUCUUUAGAUACACCUCUACGCUCGUCAGGCAUCAGAGGGUUCACACUGGAGAGAGGCCUUACGAGUGCAGUUUAUGUGGGGAAUUUUUUAGGUACAAGGCCAUGCUCAUGAAGCACUGGCAGAAUCACGCUGGAGAAAGGCCUUACGAGUGCAGUGAAUGUGGGAAGGCCUUUAGGUAUCACUGCAGACUCAUCAGGCAUCAGAGAGUUCACACUGGAGAGAGGCCUUACGAGUGCAGCGAAUGUGGGAAAUUCUUUCGGUACAACUCCAACCUCAUCAAACACUGGAGAAAUCACACUGGAGAGAGGCCUUAUGAGUGCAGCGACUGCGGGAAGGCCUUUAGCCACAAACACAUACUUGUUGAGCAUCAGAAGAUCCACACCGGCGAGAGGCCUUACGAGUGCAGCACCUGUGGCAAGGCCUUCAUUCGCAAGUCCCACCUUGUUCAUCACCAAAACGUCCACCGUAAAGACAGGCCUGUGAGGGCGAUGGGUGUGGGCAGCUCUUUAGACACCCCCUCGGCCUCAAUUCGCAGGGCAGUCACCCUGGCAAAGACCGCGUGAGUGCAGAGAAUGCGGUAGAUCCUGCGGCUGCCGCUCUGAACUUGCUGCGCUGGGGAGUUCUGGGUUCACGUCGGAGUAGGACCUUCCGAGUACGGUGAAUGCGGGAACAGUACGUGUCACCCCCAGCCCCGUCACAACGUCAGAGAUGACACGAAGGAGAGCAGUGGGUGCGGGCGGGUGUUCGGCCAGAGAGCAUCCCGCGCGUGGGGAAGACCUCAGCCACAGGAGUGCUCUGGUGUAGCCUGGGAACUACUGUGCUGCACAUUUUUGUUUUACAUUUUUUAUUGUGGCGAAGUCCAUGGGACAGAGCUUGCCCUUUCUGAUUUAACAGCACAGUUUAGUACUAAAAAUUUUGAGUGUGCUACUAAUCUUUUCAUCUUGCACAGCUGAAACUACCAUUAUACCUUGCCUUGCCACCCUUGCCACCCCUAGCAGCCACGUUACCAUCCCAUCUCUCUCUGUGAAUGUGGCUGUUCUGCAUAUGGUACAUGUCUGUGUGUAUGUACGUAUCACACAUAUUUUCUGCACUUAUUUAUAUGUCUAACAUGUAGAUAAUAUGUCUUUGUGAUUGACUUGUUGCAGUUAACAUAAUUUCCUGUUGUUUCACCCACUCUGAAGCAUUCGUCAGCAUGUCCUUGCCUUCUUUAAAGAUUUAUUUAUUUAGGGCCUCCUCCGUGGCACAGAGGUUGAGCGCUGGGCUGCGAAGCUGUCCACAGCCUCUGCAGCGCCAGUUCGAUCCCCAGCGACCCGCGAGGGUCCCACGUGGCGCGGCAGACCUCUCCUGCCUUGCUCACUGCUCCCCUCAGCAGUGUAUUUCAUCAGUCUGCCUGUUCUGCUCCCUGCUCUGGCUCUGGUGAAUUCUCUCACCCUCCCGCGCUUCUGACUGUACCCAGUGCUUGUAUAAACAGAACAAACAAAUAAAUAAAUAAAAAACAUGCCUCUUAAAAAAAAAAAUUUAUUUAUACAAGAGCUGGGGUACAGGCUAGGUGUGCGGGGAAUGAGAGGAUCCACCAGAGACAGAGCGGGGAGCAGAACAGGCAGACGGAUUAAAAUCCACUGCUGAGGGGAGCAGCAGGGAGACAGGCGAGGUCUGCUGCGCCACGUGGGAUUCUCCUCAGUGGCGGGGAUCAAGCCCACGCAGCAGAGGCUGCAGACAACUGCACAGCGCGCUACUCAACUGCCUUGGCCCCGGGGAAGGCCCGUCCUAGUCUGGUCUUUAGGUCCCUGUGUCACGAAAGUCCUUAGGGCAUUUCUCUAACCAGUCGAGUUUUUUCUGUGUGUGUAGCAAUACACAUAUAUUGACCGUUUCUAAGUUUUCUGUGGUGAGUUAGGGUCUCCAGAGAAGUAGUACGUGUGGGGAGAGGGUUUUAAGGAACUGGGGGGGGGGCACGGGCGGAGAUCGAAGCUGCCCCCCACCCCCGCGGUGGGGAACCUGCUCAGGGGCUGACGCAGCUGGAGGUUCCCCGUGGACACGGCCGAGAAGCGCCA